UAAAACCAGUUGUGAUAUAUUUUGACAAAAAAAGACCAGCUCCAUUCUGCAGCAACUAAAAAUCAAUAAUCCAACUACAGUCAAGUUCCAAGUCGAGUCCACACUGAAGCGGUUGGUAGCCCACAGAAGAAGCAAUUGGUGAUAGUGAAGAAAGUCAGCAAGAUGCAAAGCUUUGUGGGAACCUUGAGGGCGAUGUCAUAUCUGCUUCUGAUACCCUUCUAGGUGGUAGAGGUAGUGGAUUUAGAAGGUGUUGCCAAAGGAGCCUUAGUGACUUGUUACAGUGCAUCCUGUAGAUGGCAUACACUGCUGCCAAUAUGCAUUGUCAGUGCAAGGAUUGAAUAUCAAAAGAGAUGGAUCAGACACCAAACAAGCAAGCUACUUUAUCCUGGAUGGUGCUUAGCUUUGAACAUUGCUGGAAAGUCUUCCAUUACACUCCUGAGUUUUCCCUUGGUGUAAAAAUGAACAUUUACUUGGGAACAUUUAAGAGAUAGUCAUUGCCUGGCAAUUAUCAUGUGCAAAAGUAACAUGCCAAGCCUCUCUAGAACAACUGCUAGUUUACCUAAAAUAAACUUCUCCAUCACAAGUACUGCCGACCGAUUGACACUCCACCAGCUGCUUCAUCCUAUAACAGACAUUUUCAAAGUUUCCACGAACUGAAGGCGGCGCCACCCAUGAAGCCUGCCGGGAUGUGUAGUUCCUUCUGCUUGCCCGGCCGUUGCCGCUGGCUCUAGAGUUGGGGUUAGGGAACUACGAAUCCCGACAUGUCCCGCCGCACCGUUACCAGGGCAAAGGCAAACAUGGCGGAGGAGCAGAGAGUAGCCGGAGCCGCGGUGUCGGAGACUAAAUCUCCUCCUCCGCUGCUCGUGAGGUCCUCGAGUGUCAGCCUCUUCAGUGACUGCGUCCAGCAAGGGGUCCAGCAGCUGCUACCGCUCAAGUUCGACAAGAACAUUAAGCAGGCGUUUUACAACACGGGCGCGUUGAUAUUCGUGGCCAUCUCGUGCGGUGCCGCUGUGCUCGUUUACUUUAUCCUGGAGGCGUUCCUGCGGCCGCUGUUGUGGGCUGUGCUCUGUGGCACCUUCUUGCAUCCUUUCAAGACUACCCUUACUAACCUGGUGAGGAAAUGGCUGGGCAGCCUCCAGGAGUCCGGCACGCCCAUCGUCUUGGCCACCCUCAUGUUGCCCAUCUCGUUCGUCAAUCACGGCGUGGAGAUGUUGGGUAACCAGGUACUGCUGAAGCGCAAACUGCUGCUGGUGUUGGCCAUCGGCGUUCCCGUCCUCUACCUCCUGUACUGCUUCAGCACCUGGGUGGGACUACAGCUGUUACUCACUCACACAGGGCAGUUUAUCUCCUUAGCGCUCGAGUAUUUAAAUACGUUGUGGGGAAGGAAAUCUGCCAUUUUCGCUCAGUCUCCUGGGGUUGUCUUUGAUGAGAAACUCUACUGGACUCGGCACAUAAAAAAUAGUAGCUAUGAGAGCAGUGGUGUGUUUGAUGCAUCCCUGAAGAUGGCUGCUUUCUACGGGCUUUACACCUGGUUGACACACACUAUAUUUGGAAUCAACAUUGUCUUCAUUCCUUCAGCUCUAGCAGCCACGCUUGGAGCUGUCCCUUUUCUGGGAACUUAUUGGGCUGCUAUGCCAGCAGUGAUAGACCUCUGGUUGACACAAGGAGAGAACUUUAUGGCGAUCCUCCUCCUCAUUUGCCACUUGCUACCAACCUACUUUGUGGAUACAGCUAUUUAUUCUGAUAUUUCUGGGGGUGGUCACCCAUAUCUCACUGGCUUAGCAGUGGCUGGAGGAGCUUACUACCUUGGACUAGAAGGUGCGAUAAUUGGACCCAUCCUAUUAUGCAUACUUGUAGUUGCCUCGAACAUAUACAGUGCUAUGUUAAUGAGUCCUUCGACUGCAUUACCAACUCCUUCACAGACUCCUUGGCCUUUGCAAAUACAUCGGCCGUUUGAGGAUAAUCCUGAGGAAGCAAAACCUGGUACUGAAUGACUGUAUACGUUUCCCACAUUAGUCAGAGCGUGUUGGCUGAUCUAUCUGCUGCUUCCUGCACUGAAUUCACAGUUGUGGCCUUCCUGUACUCUCCAAAGAUGAAUAUUGCAUUAGCUCAUGCUAUGUAGGAAAAUUACUUCUCACUCAUUUGGGUGAUUAAUGUAACUCCCAAGGAUACAGCCGAGCAUUUGGGAGAUAGAGAAUUCAUUAUUCCUGGAUGUAAGAUAAAUUAUAAAUGAUCAACAACUGCAGUUCCACACUUGACUGCAAGAAAGUUUGAAGUGCUGUUUUUCUGAUCUUUUAAUGUAUGUUCUAAGGGUGUUUCAGAUAACUUUCAUUGUUAUGGGCUGAUUUGAAAUUGCACAGUUGCUGAAAUAGUGAAAAAACAAAAUUGUAUGGCUUUGUUUUUGCAGUUAAAUGCUCUGGCACAGUAAGGGAUUAGUGUAUUUUCAGGUGAUCUAAUUGGGUCUUGAAAAUUUCACAGUUAAACUCUCUUUAAUCUCCCCUGCCCCCAUUUGGAAACCAGAAAGUGUUCACAUUGCGCUAGGUGCAUCUGAGAUUCAAGUAUAAACUUAAUAUAGUGGAAUAACUACACCAUUUGAGCAUGGAAUUUAUGAAACCAUUUUUUGUUUCUUUGAGGAUGUUUUAGUUUUCUCCUCUUGGUAUUCCCUCCUGGGCCCCCAAGUGUCUUGUCAUUGUGAGGUUAUUGUAGGUUCCUUAGGUUCACCCUCUGGAUGCUGUUCUUGAUUUGUUGGCAGAAAAUCAACCAGAUCUACUUGAUGAAAGCACCUGAAUAUGCAUUAUCUUUUUAACUCUUAUCUGAGGUACACUUAUUAUCUAUUUGAAAUCACUGUAUUUAUGAUUAAUUCAAUAUGGAUGUAAAUCUAUAAUUUUUAUUAUUGCACAAUGUUGCCACACAUGCAGGCUUGUGGCUCAAUUAGAACUACUGUUAUACAUGCUUAUUGAAUGUUGUUACAAUUUUAUAGCAUAUAGAAUCUUUGCUUUCUUACUCCUGUGUCUGGCAGAAAAGCAAAUUCUCACAGAUGUCUAUAAUAAAUUGGAUUAUAUCCAGAAUUUUCAAAGCGAGAUUGUGAACUAAACAGGCUGGUGCUGGCUUUUGUGUUCAAAGUGAAGACUUCAGGCAGUGGCAGCACCAUUAAGUAAAUGCAUGAAAAAAUUAAAUUAGCCACUAGACACUGAAAGAUUAGAAAUUCUGGAAGUUGUCCAUCUCCAGAAGUCUGUUAGGACAAGGUUCCUAAAAUGUAGCCCAAAUUCCAGGAGGGCUUAUGUGAACAAUAGGAACUACUUGGGUCCUGACUCUACAGAGCCAGGAGGAUUUCAGCAUGUUUUCCUUGCUGCUCAACUGGGGGAAGGUUAACAGAGCGGUUAGGAUCUUGCCAUAACUGCUAAUCUGUACAAAAACAUAAUCUGGCUGUUUCUUCAUUCUGCUACUUUGGAAAUAACAAUCAGUCUGUUAGAUCUAUAACCACUUGGAUGUGACACAUAGUAUCUCCAUUAAGCAUUUAUUUGACAAGUAUGCCUUGUUUAUAAUCUGUACUACAUCCUGUACACUGGGCAGCAUCUCCAAGCUUCCUAGGCAAAUCCAGAAUUCCACUAAUGUCAUUGCCAAGAUUGGCAUUGCAGUAAUGGAGGAGCAGGUGUCAGCAUGUGGUAGAAUAAUCACUUGGCGCUCCACCCUGUUGGAAUUUCUAAAAGGCCAAAUAGGAGAGAGUACUGUUGGGAAGUAGUUAUGCCUGAAAUUCUUUGUCCCACACAAGCUGACUGGCAUUAAUGUCAUGUAAAACCAGUGCCAACUAUCUAGGUGCAUAACCUUGAAUAAAUUACAAGAUCUGUAGCAAUGAAUAUAUACGUUAAGACAUGUGAUCAGCCAUAAAAAUAAUUAAACUGAAACCCAACUCUAUUGCAAUAAUACAAAAAAUUGUCUAUAUAAGUUCUAGAUCUGUUUUCAAACAGUUUUUAAGUUAUAUUAAGAUUUGGGGAGAGAUGUACAUUGAAGCUUUGACCCUUCUGUAAAAGUCGGUAAAGAAUUGUUUCCAUAAAUAUUGUGUAGAAUCAACAAACAUAUUCUAGUCCAUUUAAAAAAAAAAGUAGUGAUUAUACAUAGGUAAAUGCUAAAUCUUCUUACCACACACCACAUUUUAAUAGAGGCAGAGAUCACAAAACAUUUGUAGAGAAAAUACAUUUCAUUUUCAAAGGAUUGAAAGGUGUGUUAUUUUAAAGCUGUCUUAUAAGAUUGAGAUAAAAAAAUCAAAUGGCAAAGAUUGGUGACUUUUAAUUUGUUUUUGUUUACAAAUGCUAACAGAUGAAUGAAGUCAUGUUUAUGCAGUAUAUCAUAGAAUAUGCUUAUUUGUUUCUUCCUCAUUUUUAAUCUUCAGGGAUUGUACUUGGAAAAUAAUUUUCUAAGGUUUUAAGGCGAUGAACAUAAUCAUUUGAUAGUCCAGAACUUGUGUACUUUCUCAGCAAUACUUUUUUGUCAAAGCUUUGCCUGAAGAAGACACCAGUUAAUGAUAACUGAGUUUUGACUUGACUUUAUUCGUUCAUUGGAUGUGGGGUUUGCUGGCUCGCCAGGAUUUAUUAUCAAUCCCUAGUGGUGUGACGUCACAUGUAGGCCAAACCAGGUAAAGGCAGCAUUUUCCUUCCUUUAUAAGACAUUAGUGUUUUUCCAACAAUCAACAAACUUUUCAUGAUCAUCACUAGACUAUAUUUUGUUUGGUGGGAUUUGAAACUGGGUCCUCAGAACAUUACCUGGGUCUCUGGUUCAGUAGGGCAAUGAUAAUACCACUAGGCUGUCACCUCCCUCUUGCUGAUUGAAACAGGUGCAGUGUGUGUUUAUGUUUUCUUUUUUGCCUACAAAGAGUUGGAUCUUGAGUGUGCUACCAAUAGUAGCUUCCAGCAAUGAUGAGUAAAAUGGCAUAAGAAUUUGUGCUGCUGUGUUGCUAGGUUUGUAGGCCGUACAUCCCAAAGACUGAUGGAUUGUAUCAAGCAUCAUAUACCUUCAGCUGUUCACAAUAAGCAAUGUACUAACUGUACCCAAUCAACCCACACUUGUAAAACUCAAAACAGUGUCCAACAUUAAGCACGAUUCCACAAUUGAAUAUUUGCUGGAUAAUUUGUGCGAAGAAUUGUGCUGGCAACCAAUUUAGGAUUGUAGAUUGUUGCCUUAUCACAGAGAACGUGAACACACACUGUGUAUAUUUCAACUCGGCAAGGGAGAAGUGAUGACCUAGUGGUAUUAUCACUGGACUAUUAAUUCAGAGUACUGGGAGAAUUGUUUCAGUCAUUGAUGCGAAGACUGUACUUUGGGAAUCAGGUAUGAGGGAAACCAAAUUUGUACUGAUAACAUUUUCCAAAAUUCUAUUAUCACACUUAGUCAUGGAUGUUUGAUUCAGACAUUUAUUACAUUUACUAUUUUUGUUUCUUGUCUUGAUUUUACAACUCUGCUGCCUAAAAAUCAUUCGUUAAUUCAACUCCAACUUAUUUAGGUAUGCCACCCCUGCCUGUCUUAGCAGUGUGUUGUAUUUAUCAGAUUUUUCAGACUGUUACUAACAUUCUUUAUUGGUAGAACAACUAAUGCUGUUUAGUUGUGAUAGAGGUAAAAGAUACUCAUUUAUACAGACCAUUUUUUCAGCUACCUGAUUCCAACUUUAAUGAAUGCAUUUCACUUGGUCUGCAAUGGUGAUUUAAUUUACAGAAAUAUAAUCUGACGUAACAAGUUUUAGUUAUAUCCCAUGUUGAUGGAGCAACUCAUUCGUUCAUAAAAUUACUCAAGUUCUCAGUGUUCAUACAGGUUCCCUUGGGCAUGUUGCAAGCAGCUGCAUCCGAAUGCAAUAUAAAAGCUCUAGAAGCUGAUGAAUCCUGAUUAAAGAAUGCCAGUUGUGUCUAAAAGAACAGUUUUUUUUUACAGUAUGCAGGUAACUUAUUUUUGCUUGUAAAAUUUACAUUGGUCCAAAGCUUUGAAUAUUUGCAAAAUUUUUGGACCUGAAAAACUAGCAUUGUUUAUACAUUUUUGUUUUUAUUGUAAAAUAAACAUCAAAUCGCAAAAUGUAAAGCAUGCCCAAUAAUUGCUCUUCAGUUGACUUUUUUCUCUGGCUUUCUGAGAUAUAUGACUAAACAGAUACUUUGCAGAACAUUACAAUACACUGAAGUUUAGAUUUUAUUUUAAAAUAUUUGAACCACACCUGAAUACAUUUCCCACUUAAAACAUUUGGAUGAUGUACAGCAGGUACAUUGAUGUGCUGGAGAAGUACCACUAGUGGUCCUUUUGCAAGAUCUGCCAAAAGAAAUGCUGUUUCAACAACAGCAGCAGCCUCUCCCAGCUAAAAUUCCCAACAUUGAGGUGGUAAUCACUCAAAACUAUCUCUGUUGGGCAGAGCAUGUAAUUUGUGUACCUGUUCCCAGACUCCCAAAGCAGCUACUCAGAACUCAAUUGCACGAGAAAGUAAAGAGGUGAAUUGUUGUAGGGCUGUCCUCAAAUAUCCAUGAAGAGGAAAACUAUCUUGCCCACUCAUGGCAGUCUACAGUCUGUGACCAACCAAAAUGACGCAGAAUCUAUAGAAUGUGAAUUGGACUUCCAAACCAUCUCAGAAUUCAUUAAACCACCAUGGAAACAAGUCAUCUGAGGGACUGUUGAAAGAGAAGAGUUCUGAAGAAGGGUCAUACCAGAUUCAAUGUUAACUAUGUUUCCCUCUGCACGGAUGCUGCCAGACCUGCUGAGUUUUUUGCAGUGUUCUGGUUGCUUCAGAAUUUCAGUAUCCUUGGCAUUUUGCCUUUAUUACUAGAGAUGAUAUUUGCAAGUCUGUUGGUCACUAAACUGGUCAUUGGUACUAUAGUAUAUGACAAAAGAUUCGUAGUCAGACUAAUGUCUCCCAGUCUCUAAUAAGAAGUACUUGUUAUUUUCACAAAAUAUAUUUUGCCAAUCUCAUCUUGAGAAAGUACCCAGUUUCUGUAAGUAGUGAAGAUUGCUAUAAGGUAAUGCAGUUGAGGUCAGAGUUAUGAGUGCUGGCAAAAAUUAAGUCUGAUGAUGCAAUAUACUUUUCAGUCAGUUUUCCUGCCCAUUUAAAAUUGUUUUAAUAUACCCAUCCAAAUAAACUGGCUAUUGAUGGUUGCUAGGUACUGUUCCCCACGUGAAAACAUGUUUAUACAUUUAGACUUCAUGGGUAGCUCACUUGAAACUUUAUUUUAUUUUAUCCUAUUCCCAUUGUAAUUUCAAAAAUGCCUUAAGUUCUGUUGGAGGGCACUGUACUAUGUAGUUCUGUUUAAAUUUUAAAUACUGUAGGGUUCUCAACAGUGUGUAAAUUCACCUUGCAAAAGGGCAGUGUUAGGAGGCUGCAAAUGCAAGGCAUCAGGUGCGGUCAGGGAAGUAGCUGAAGAAGAAUAAAGUUUCUGCGGGGCAAGUUCAUGAAGCUCUAAUGUAAAUGACUUCUCAAUUUGGAAUUUUACUUUUCUGCAUUAAUUUCAUUGACUUUGUCCCAAUGUCCUCAACACACGUGACUUUACAUGCAAUGUUUUCUGUCUUUCGUGUUAUAUUUGCAAAUCCAUCAACAGUGCCAGCUGUUCGCAACCUUUUCAAGAAUACUCUGUACAAACAACUUUAGUACCAGUAUACUUUUAAUAAGUAAACAUUGUCUACAUGCUCCAAAUGUUUUCCAUCAUAGUCCUGAUAUGCAAACUGAAUUGAGAUUGGUGCUCUAAACUCUAGCUUCUAGAUGCUUUCACAGUGGUAGAAGUGUACGGACUGGCUAGUUAGCAAAGUGAAAACAAGGUUUGAUAGUAUAAAAUGAUCUUACUUUCAAAAGAGCCUGAAAGAUCAGGCUUUCUUGGCGCUUCAGCUGAGAUACUAUGUAACCUGACUCUGGUGCCAAACUCCCCUCCUUGCGUUCCUCAGAAUUAUUUGUACUUGUGGACUGAAUACAGUGAAUUAUUCUGUACAGUCCUGGCAUGAGUGCCUAUUCUGUGCCUUACCAUCAUCUGAUGUAAUUCAAGAAAAACUAUGCAUUGUAUUCUGCCAGUCCUGCUGAGUACUCUUUAUAUCUAGUUUUUAGUGUAAACUUUUCAGGUCUUUUGUGAAUGAGCAAAAGGGAAAAACAGAAACUGCCACUAAACUGCACCAAAUAUCCUGCUCAGCCUCCUUUAAAGGUUACCUCUUGUCUCUUGGUCCAGGACACUUAGGUAGUUGAGAAAUUAUUUUGGAGUUUUCUGAUUGUAUCAAAUUAGUUUUUUUCACAAAUUGAAAGGAUAAACUUGCAGAGAAUGUAGACAGAUUAAUAGAAAAUACUUGUUGCUAAUAAAUGGAAAUGUUAAUAUGGAAAUACAAUAAUUUGGCAAACCUUCAAACAAUCAAUAGAGGAAGAUUUAAACUUUAGGAAUGAGGUACAUAGAUUUUUAAACUGAGUUCAAGUGUGAAAAUAGAUAAAUGCAAAUACUAUUCUGGAUUUUAUGCAAGGGGCUACUAUACUCUUGUUUCUUCACUCAAAUGUCACCCUUACUUUUAGUGCCAUAAAGUUUACAAUGAUUAAGACUGUGUUCCAAAACCACUGACUUGUUAAUACAUGAACCCUGAUGUCAAAACAUAAAACAUUGAAAUUGAUUUAGCUAACCAUGUAUCACAAGCACUUUUACGUCCAACAAAAUUAUCAUAGUUGAUAUUCUGUGCUGGUGGUGUUACUGGGCUAGCAAGACAAACUGGUAUGCCAUCUCUUGGAAAUUUUAGAAUUUGAACUUAUUUUGAAAUAUCUGAAAUUGAAAAUCUAGUAACAAAUUGACCAUGAAACUAUUGCCAAAAAAAAUCCAACUAGUUUGCUGAUGUCCUUUCAAUAAAGAAACCUGCCAUCCCCAUCCUUGCACUGUCAUCCCUGUAUGUGACUCCAGUGUGACUCUGGUCACACAACAGCACUGUUGACUCCUGAUUGCCUUCUGAUACAGCCUCCUAAACCACUUGGUUGUAAUAAAGGUAGAGGUAAUGUCUCUUGCCAGUGAUGGCCGCACCCUCAGAGUGAAUUUAAAAAAAAACUUAAUGUCUUUUCCAUAAUAACAUUGAGGUAAGAGUGCUGCAGGGCAAUCUGAAGCGGGAGGGUGAACAGCCAGAAGUUGUGGUACUUAUUGAUAAAGAAAGAAUUGAAAUCCUGCAGCAGGGAUUUAUAGAUUAAUGAGGAAGAUUACUAAAGUUAUAAUCUCUGAAGUACUUCUAGUGUCAUCCGCUCCUAAGUAAUGUAGUAUGAAGAUGAUCAGAUGAACGUGAGACUAAAGGGAUGGUGUAGGAGGAGGGCUUUGGUUUUUUGGAUCAUUGGAACACCUGGGGUAGGUAGGACCUGUACAAACAGGUCAGGUUGCACCUGAACUGGAAUGGGUCUAAUAUCCUUGCUGCGAGAUUUGCUUGUGCUCAUGGGGAGGUUUUAAACUGAUUUGGCAGGGGGAUGGGGUACAGACCAGAUAUACAGUCAGGAUCAAGGUCCAAUCAGAUAAAAAAGGAAUACUAGAAUAGCCCAGCAGGUGGAGAAGAUAUGGAUGGGAUAACACAUAGGAAGUCCAGAAAGUUAAAUUGUAUCUAUUUUAAUGCAAAAAGCUUGAUUGGUAAGGCAGAUGAAGUUAGAGCAUUGAUCAGUAUGUGGAAAUAUGAUAUUGCUGCAAUCACUGAGACAUGAUUGAAGAAAGGACAGGACUGGCAGCUCAACAUUCCAGAUGUAGAGGUUUCAAGCGGAAUGGGGGGGGGAUGGAGAGUAAGAAAGGUGGGGGUGUUUCUUUAAUGAAAAAGGAAACCAUCACUGCAGUAAUGAGGGAGGAUGUCAUAGAAGGGUCUUCAAAUGAGGCUAUCUGUGUAGACUUAGAAAUAAAAUUACCUUGCUGGAAUUACACUACAGGCCUCCCACAGAGGAAGAAAGAGGGGCAGAUAUGUAGACAAAUCACAGAAACGUGUGAGAGGAACAGAGUUAUAGUUGUAAGAAGUUUCAGCUUUCCUAACAUUAACUGGGAUCGCCUUUGUGUGAAAGGGUUAGGCAGGAUGGAAUUUUUAAAGUGCAUCCCAGAGAGCUUUUUGGAGAUGGUCCUACUAGAGAUGGGACAGUGCUAGACCUAAUCCUAGAGAAUGAAGCCAGUCAAGUGAUUGAAGUUUCAGUGGGCAAGCAUUUUGGUGAUAGUGACCAUAAUUCAAUUUUUCAAAGUCAUUAUGGAAGGAAUGAAGAUAGAGCAGAAGUUGUGUUUCAAUUGGGGGAAGGCUUAUUUCAAUAUGUUAGACAAGAUCUGAAAAACAUGGACUGGGAGCAGCCACUUGCAGGCAAGUCUACAUUCAGAAAAUGGGAGUGUUUUACAUGUAGUACAGUGAGAAUUCAGGGCCAGCGUGUUCUUCUAAAUGUGAAGGGCAAGGACAUUAGGACCCGAAACCCUGGAUGUUAAGGGAUUUUUGAGAGUUUGAUUUUUUUUUGAAAAGUGGAAGCACAUGUCAGAUACAGUACAUUAAAAACAGGGAAGGCGCUCCAAAAGUAAAGGAGAUUGCUUAAUAAAUGAAAUUAGGAGGCAAAGAGGGGACACAAAAUAUCCUUGGCACAUGGGUUCAAGAAAAAUGCCAAAGCAUUUAAGGAGCAGAGGAAGAGUUGGGACCUAUUAGAGACCAGAUCCGACCUGUAUGUGCAGCCACUGGACACUGGUGAACUCAAUUUAAUACUUUGCAUCAGUAUUCAUGGAGGAGAAAGACAUUGUAGCUAGGGAUAGAAGUUGGGAUGUUGAGGUUUUAGAAAUAAUUAAGAUUAAUAAGGAGAAGGUAUGUAGAUGUUUUAGAAGGCAUAAAGGUUCCUAAAUCGACAGGGCCUGAUGAGAUAUAUCCCAGGCUGUUAUUGUGGGGUACAAAGGAGGAGAUUGCUUGGGCCCUGACAGAUAUAUUUAAUACUUUGCUGCCACAGGUAAAAUGCCAGAUGACUGUAUGAAUUUUUUCACCCAGAAAGGUUUGAAAUAUAGAGCUGCCUGAGAGAGUGGUGGAGGCAGAUAAUCGCAAUAUUUAAGAAGCAUCUGGAUGAGUGCUUAAAAUGCUGGGGCAUAAUAGGCUCUGGACCAAGUGCAGGUAAAUGCGAUUAGUGUAAUUUGGUGUUUGUUGGUUGGCAUAGACUUGGCUGGCUGAGGGCUUUUUUUCUUGCUGUAUGAAUCUUGACUAGUUGCUCUCUGAAAUAGCAAGACUAAGAAGAAAACCUGAUGAUUGGGAAUCAACCAUCUUUUGAUUACCAGCAUGACCUUAUAAUAUGACAGUCUGAUAUUUUUUCUUUUGAACAUCUAACUUUGGUUCUGGUUGAGGUUUUUGUGCUGUGAAUAAAAGACCUGGAAAAUACCUACAAUGUUGCUUGCAUUCUUUGCAACUGCUAGAAAUAAAAAAAAAACUUUUAAUUGUAUUAUUCAAAUCACCUGUUUCAUUUUAUUCUAAUGUACUAAAAGCUAAGAUUGCCUUUUUUAUUAAAUAAGCAUACAUUUUGUUAAAUUAUGUUCGCAAUUCUGUUAAAUAUCCUUCAAAUAUGUACAUUCCAAUUUUAUAGUGCUUUAGAUGUAAUUAUCAAAAUUUGAUUCCAUCUACCAAAGUCACUAUGCAUCUCUUCCUGUCACUGGGGACAUUACAUGUAAUUGAAAUCAAUAUAUUCAUUUUGGAAAUAUAAUUUUGGCUUUACCCAUUUUUUUCAGU